AUAAAUAACCACCAAGGCCUUUAACAACGAUUCCUGAUGGAGAGUUAAUUUCCACUUCCACUUUCGUUGUUACAUAAUAAAAAGGACUAUUUUUUAAAUACAUUUCGACGCAUUCGCGUGACGCUUUCUUAAUAAUUUCAGUUUGAAAUGGAUCGUUGGGUGGGAAGAGUGGCGAUUGUGAGCGGCGCUAGCUCCGGAAUCGGGGCCGCUCUGUGUGUCCGACUGGCCAACAAAGGCAUGAAGGUCGUUGGCGUUGCCAGGCGGCAAGGAAAAAUUCAGGAGUUGUCGAAGCAGGUUUCGGGAAAGGGGGAAAUCCACGCAGUGCAGGGUGACAUCUCAAAGGAGGAGGACAUCAAAAGGGUGGUCAAGUGGACAAGGGACACCCUGGGCGGCGCCGACGUCCUCGUCAACAACGCUGGCGUCCUCCACCACAGCCCAUUGCUCAGUGCUCCUACGGAGGAGUGGCGUCACGUGCUCGAGGUCAAUGUGCUCGCCUUGUGCGCCUUCACGAGGGAGGUGGUCCAGGACAUGCGGAGCCGCGGCUGCGAUGACGGACACAUCGUCCACAUAAACAGCGUGAUGGGCCAUUUUAUCAUUCCCUAUCCAGGAAUGUUUAUUUACACUGCAAGCAAACAUUCGGUGACUGUGUUGACGGAGGGUCUGAGGAAAGAACUGUCUGACAUUAAAUCCAACAUUCGAAUCACAAGUGUGAGUCCUGCACUGACCAAGACGGACAUCAUGGUGUCCGGUGGAACUCCCGCUGAAGUGGCGGAAAACGUUUUCAAGGAAACGAAACAUUUGAAACCUGAUGAUGUGGCCCAAGCAGUUGAAUUUGCCCUCACUGCGCCACCAACAGUCAACAUUGAGGAAAUAACUCUUCGCGCUACAGGUGCCGACUAAACUGGAACUUGCCUUUCUUUAUCAUUGGUAAAAAUAAACAAAAGACUCGCCGAGUCCAUUUUUACAGAGAAACAAAAAAUUCAAAGUUUGCAUUAUA